AUGGCUGGAUCAUUAUCUGAUAACCCGAGGGGCAGGCAAGCCGUUGAGAUCUCUACGGUGUUUACUGGUUUAGCCUUCAUAGUCGUCUGCCUUCGACUAUACACACGGUUCUUUCUAAUUCGCUGCGUGGGGAUCGAGGAUGCCGGCAUAGCACUUGCGAUGCUUUGCUCCAUAGGCUUGACCAUCUGCAUCGGUGUCCAGGCCAAAAAUGGUAUGGGCAGACACACCGACACUAUCAACGAUGGUGAUAUGACCACGUUCCUAAGAGCUUUCUGGGCCAGUCUUAUCGUGUAUUAUCUGUCACUCGGCUUGACCAAGGGAUCGAUGCUUCUCCAGUACCGACGUAUCUUCCCGACCAAGUCUUUCCAGGUCGCAAACUGGAUUACAAUGGCUGUUGUCAUCAGCUAUACUAUCUGGACGGUCUUCUCCAGUAUCUUCAUGUGUGUACCCGUGCGAGCUUUCUGGACACAUGAGAAGGCUACCUGCCUUAAUCAAUUCGCCGUCUGGUUCACCAACGCCGCCAUCAAUAUCAUCACGGAUUUCGCAAUCAUUCUCCUCCCUAUACCAGUCAUCCGGAAGCUCAACUUGGGCAAAAGGCAAAAGAUUGGACUCAUCUCGAUCUUUGCGAUCGGUGGAUUUGUUUGCCUGGUAUCUAUUCUGCGUCUACAGUCCCUUGUAGCGAUCUCAAACUCCGCCGAUCCAAGCUACGACAAUCCCCCCGCAGCGACUUGGAGUUCAGUGGAAUCCAACGUUGGCAUCAUUUGCGCCUGCUUGCCGUUGCUUAGGCCAUUAAUCACCAAAUGGCUUCCAAGAGCCUUCCCGUCAAGACACCGCAGCAUAUAUUCGCACUCUCGACCUCAGAAUCGAACAUACGGCAGCAGGGGUGGCAGCAAAGCGCUACGCACCAAGGACGACUACGUUCUAGACGUAACAAAGCGCUCGAACGGUUCGAGCGAGGAAGGGCGAGACAUCCAGGUCGUGACCGACAUCCACGUAGAGGUUGACGGUGCCGAUGGAAGGAGAAUAAGUGGCUGGAGAACGCCUGCGUCGCACAACAACUGGUCAGACAAUAUUUCGGGCAAGGAAACCCAACGGGAGAACAGCACUGAGUCGCUGGUCAAUCAACACGUGCGGGUGUCCUCACGGUAG